AUGAGCGAGUCUGAGAUAUAAACUUUUAAAGAUCUUUGGUAAAGUAGUUUAAAAGCAAUUUAAAGCGGCUAAGAAUAUAGAUUGAAAACAAAAGUGUCUCCUUAAAUAAAGCAAAAUAUUGACGACCCUAUCGAACAAGAACCUGCUAUAGUUAAGAAAAUUAAAACUAAUGUAGAUACUUAAAUCAUAAAAAAAGAAGAAGCUGAUGUAGAGUUCACUGAUGACUCUGGGGAUGAAACUAGUUCAAAAGAAGAAAAAGUUGAGGAUUUGAAAGCAUCGAAAUAUUUGGAUUACCAAAUCUCAAAAAAUGAGAGUUUGAGGGAGAAAACCCUGUUUGACAAGAUUAGAGAGUUAGAUCAAUUAAAAAAUCUUAUAAAAGUGGAAGAAGAAGAUGAUGGCGAGACAGAAGAACCAAGAGUAUUUGAUACAUAAGUCUAUGCAUAAAAAAUUAACACUGAAAAUGCAGUUAGUCGUAUAAGACCAAAUAAAUCUCAAAAAAUGAGUUUAGAGUAUGUUCUUAUACGAGAAAAAAACAAUUAGGAAGCCAUAUAUCCGUAAGCUCAAUUGUUAUUUAAUUUUAAAACUAAUAAGAAAAAAAACUCUUAAUGA